AUGCACCAGAAGAACCAGGCCGCUGCUUCUCAAGAAGACGACGACGACGACAAGGGCGAGUCUGGUGAGGGCGAGCGGCCAGAGAACCCGUUUGCCGAUGACGAAGACGACGAGGAAAAUUCGAGCGACGAGGACGAUGAAGACCGUCAUGGCCCAGGAGCAGCGGCGGCUGUUGCAGGUGCCUGGGGUCAAUCAGGAAGUGGGUCGUGGUGGCGAGGAGUGGGACGUCAGGGGCGGCCCCGAUUUGACGGACAAGAUGAUUCGGACGAGGAAGACGAUGAUGAGGAGUUUGGUGAUUUUGCCAUGCCCGAGGUCGAGCCAGCGCCGGGUACAGAUCCCAACGAGAAGGUAAUUCUGAAGCCUCUCGCGGUACACCCGCCGCAGGGUGCUUCAGGAGGCAAAGCCUUUAGCGGUCUGUGGCCGUUUGCAGGUAAGAAGGAUGGCAAGGAUGAUGGCGAGAAGGGGCCAUCAGAAGAGACGGCGACGGGAGACGACGAGAAACCGGUCCAGGCGGCCGUCGAGGCUGCUCGGCGGACGAGCAUCGAGGACCCGGAUGAUGACGAAGAGGUUGUGGUGCAGAAGCCGACAAGCCUCUGA